GGGGGAAAGGAGCAGGAGAAAGAUGGGAACUCUCCUGGGGAGUGACACGGCGUCGCUGGCGUUGUCUCAAGUGAUGGCGAUGGGCGCGUCUGUCGCUGUCGUCGUGGCCGCCUCGACAUACAUCCUGAGGCAGCGGCGAGCUGUCAAGGAGGAGAGAGAGACCCAGGCGGCCUCGGCAGACCCCCCCCCCAGUGAGUGUGGUGGCAAGAAGGUGGCUCUGCUGCUGGUUGACCACGGCUCGCGGCUCAAGGCUGCCAACGACAUGAUAUUCGACGUGGCGCGGCUGGUGCAGGGGCAGCGGGAUGACUUGAUUGUGGAUGCGGCGCACAUGGAGAUUGCAGAGCCCAACAUACCCGAGGUGGUUGACAAAUGCGUCAAGGUGGGGGAGGGAGGCACACAGACCGGCCGACCGACAGGGUAACAGCUCACAAGUGUGUGUGUUGUGUGUUGUGUAGGCCGGUGCGGAGAAGAUCAUUGUGCAUCCUUACAUGCUGGCGCCUGGACGCCAUGCGACGAAAGACAUACCCAAAAUGGUAUGUAACCAAUACAGACACACGCACAUGCUCUCACUGCUCAAGGCGCAUCAUUUCUGUGUGUCUGUCUGUCUGUCUGUGCUUCUUGUUCAGGUGAUGGAUGCCAUGGCGUCUCACCCGUCGGUCGAGUACGAGGUGACGAGCUGCCUCGGCAUCCACGAGAAGAUCGGACAGGUCGUCCUCGAGCGGGCGGGGCUGGUCGCUGGGGCAGUCGCUGGGGCAGUCGCUGGGGCAUAGACUAGACUGACACAGACAGAGACAGAGACAGACACGGGCAGGGCAGAGGUUAACGGGCGUAAAGCUCAUGUCAUGUGUGUACAGUGUUGUGAUGGCUCGAGAGUUUUUUCCGCGUGGUGGGUCUUGUCUGUCUGCACAUGGCUGCCGCCCUCCCUGCCUGCCUGCCUGCC